AAAUUAUUGCCGGUCUAAUAUGACUCACUGCAAACUAAAACAUUUAAGACAUAUCAAAUAGUCUUCCAUUAGAUCUUCUAAAGAUCAAUAUAAAUAAGAAUGGCAACGGCAGGAUCAAAUCAGGGAGAAAACGAUCCAACCGGUCAUGACUAUCAACACGAAACGCUUGUCCUCUGGGUCGAUACAUUGUGGCGCAAUCAGAAUAUAGUUAAGUUCGAUAUCGGAAGCGCAGUGAAUGGAAUCAAUAUCCCAAAUGUCGUUCGGCACGCUUUCGAUGACGUUGUCUUGCAUGCCGAAUUCAAAGGCGGACAGAAACUAACAAAAAUGUUACAAGUCAAGCAUUCAAAACAUAUGAUUGACCAAGCUUACCUCUGUGAGAAGAAGAAGACGUACGUUUUAAAAUAUUUCAAGUCCUUUUUGAGCAUUAAACAAUUUAUUAAGCUCGAUGAACUGGAAGAACUUCUUAUUUGGACGAAUAUGAGUAUAGCCAAACCUAUAGAAGAUUGGUUUGUAGAAGCUGAACCAUUUGAUAAAUGCAGAGAUCUUUUAGAAAACAAUCUAAUUCUAAAAUACCAGCGAAUGAAAUUUAAAGACGAAAAGUUUCAGGAAAUAACGAAGGAUUUCCUGAAACUUGUCCAUCCCCGGGCAGCUCUCGUCGAAAAGUUUGUCGAUGUGUUAUUCAAAAAAGAAGAAUGGACAUCCAAACGAGCUGCGAAGGAUUUUUACCGCAUUAUGGCCAAGGAGGUAAUCGAAUGCAAUGGGCCAAACUCCAUAUUCAAGCAAAACUUUAUCGAAGGACAGGGAUUGCUUCCCGAAACGGUUCGAUUCCGUGAGCAGUUUGAAUCGAGCAUGAAGGAAAAGUUUUCUGAGAAGAAACUGGGUACGUUUGCGAUGGGUGAAUUAAACAGUGCCGAGUACGCAACGCACUUCCAGCUUAAAGUGGAUGCAGAUUUUAAGGAAGGAAAUGAUCCGGAUGUGCAGUGGAAGUCAUGGGAAAACGUUGCAGAUCAGAGUGACCUUGAUGAGUUUGGUAAACGCUUCAGGCUUUACGUAGAAUUGCCCAAGGAGGACGAAUUUGAAAAACUGCUCAGUGCCAAUGUGACGCAUUUUCGAGUAAUGAGUGAACUACUAGCCAAAUGUGCAUUUAAGAGAAUGGUUUGUAAGGAACAAGUUGGAAAUAUUGUUAAAUUACUACAUCUUCGUGAUAGCAUGCAUUGCGGUCCCUAUAUGAAGUUGAAAUUUGAGGACUUAGAGAAGCUUAACGAUGUUGUUGAUAAAUAUUUGUCGGAAUGGAAAGCACAGAAAUAUUUAAGCAUCAGACAAAUUGAUGAUGGAGAGGGUACACUUUCACGAAUAAUUUCAUUGGUUGAAACAUUGACAGCAAAAAAAUAUUUGGUGCAAGAUAUUAAAAAUCUUAAUGAAGUUUUCGAAAAAGUGCAAUGUACUGCUAGUAAUAAAUAUACAGCAGAAAAAUGUAUAGAGUGUUUAAUCGUCACAUCGGUACAUAGCAACAUACAAGAAGAAAAAGCGAAAACCCAACUGAAAUCUAUCAAUCUUCCCAUUAUACUUGUUGGCAAAAAUCUGCACAAUUGCUUUAAAGAUGAGAAAACCCCAGACAAACUCACGAAUGUUGUGGAUGAAUAUCUGUCGGAAUGGAAAGCUCAGCAAUAUUUAAGCAUAAAAGGAAUGCAAGAUGUCGAGUGUACACUUUCUCGACUGAUUUCAGUUGUUGAAAGUUUGUUAGCUCCAAUAUCAAAUAGAUAUUUAGUGCAAGACAAUAAAAACCUCAGUAAGAAUUAUAGUGAUCUGCAACAGAUCACAAACGAUGAACUAAUAGUAGAAAAUGGAUUGAAGUGUCUAAUCAUCACGUCAAUCAAAAAUAGUAGAGAAGAAAACGAAGCUAGAAACAAAUUAACAUUAAUCAGAGUUCCCACUAUAUUUAUUGGCCAUAGCCCACGAAAUUGCUUUGAAGAUGAGUUCGAUACUAGUAAGUUAAGCAGGACUUGUAAAAUUAAAAUAGAGGAUACAGAAGUGUCGUUAUCUGAUCUGCAAACCUCUACUGCUAAGAAUGUUUUACAGGAAGAGCUUUUUCUUAAAGAAAAUUUUCCAAUCGUGCUCGCGCUCUAUCGAAAACCCAUGAGAAUUGAAAGUAAUCCUUUAAUAAGAGAUGAGAACUUUAUCAGUAGAAAUAUCAAAUUUUGUGAAAAUGAUGAAUCUAAAACAAUUAAAGACGAUAAAAUCCCUCACGACAUGUCAGAUGAGCUCGAAAGCUAUAGCGACAUUGAUGGAUAUAAUAUAUCUAAAAUAAUAAAAAACAAUAAAUUUUCAAAUGUUAUCAUAUCCGAUCAAGCAGGAAUGGGCAAAAGUACGGAGAUGAUUAACAUUGCCAUGAAGCUAAGAGAGCAUAAGGAUUACAAAAAUCAUUUGAUUGUAUACUUUGAAUGUAAAGCCGCAAUGGGUUAUCUAAAAUGUGACAUCGUGACAACAAUAUGUAAAAUGAUGAAAGUAAUGGAAAAAGCGCAUGAAUUUCUUAUCAAGUCUCUCAUACGGCAAAGGAAGGUUGUCUUACUGUUGGAUGGAAUCGACGAAAUUGGUACGUCAUGGCGAGAAGAUUUGAAAGAGAUGUUGAAAAGCAUUUUGAACUUGGGUUUAUUCAAAAUUAUUAUUGCUACUCGACCACACUGUUACAAAUUUAUGGAAAAGAUUUUUCACAACAUAAUCGUUUGCCAGUUACCUCCAUUCAGUGAAGAAGAUCAAAUGGAAUACUUGAUACGAUUCUGGAAGAUUGAUAGUAUCGAAGAUGAUGACGAACACUAUCAAAUUAAGAAAAACAUUGAAGGUCUGAUUGCCAGAUUUCGCAGUAUGCUAAAAGAUGGCUCACUUAUUGGAAUUCCCAUGCAGACCUACAUUAUUGCAGUAAUAUAUCAAGAAGCUAUUCGCUCAUCUGACUUUGAGCCACCUCAACCAUAUACAAUAGGAUUAAUUUACAAAAAGUUUGUGGAUUUAAAAUUCCGUGAGCUGAUCAAACGUCAGUUCAAAAUGACAUCCCAUGCAGAAGAAACUGCCAUCAACGCAUUAGAGAGAAGUUUCAUUCCCAACCACAUAGAAAUUGCGGCUCAUGUUUACAACAAUGCAUCAGAAAAAGUGCUAGAAGUGCUUUGCAGCCAAGCUCAGAUGUAUGGUAUCGUGCGACUGAUUCCAUCUGUUGGAUUUGUACACCACACAUAUUUCGAGUAUUUCUCCACUUUAUACUUUCUGACGUAUAAAACCAAUGCAAGCAAAGAAUUCUUUUCCUUCAUGAAACAAAACUUAUGUCCGUCUCGCCUAAGUAUUGCCACCAAAUUCUUGGAUCACCACAUCGGUGGAAUCAACCCAAAUGAAGAGCUACAAACGUUAAGGAUUGUAAAAGGAGAAAAAGAUGCAGAAAAUGAAGAAAUAGUCGAGUUUGUUGAAAUGACUAAAGAUUUCGAACCACCAUCAACAGCACGACUCCAUCCAGAGAAGUUACGAGAGUUUAAUUACUAUCUAGGAAAGCUCUCGCCUGCGGAUCGAUACACUCUCAUUCGUAAUUCGUUGAAUCAGUCGGUAUUUAAUGUUCUUGAAGUUCUGUACGACAGUCUGCCACGCGAUACAAAAUGUUCGUUGAAAUUCUGCUUUGGCAAUAGAGCUCAGAAGAAUUUCGUAAACCUUAAAACACUCGGAGGAAAUCAGACACUACAACUGCUGGGCAUUCUUCUGAAGAAGAACCCCAAUAACUUUGUUCGCAAAUAUCUGAUAGAUUUCAGCGAUGGGGACAAAGAUUAUUUCGAGAUGACCUGUCGGAAACCGUUCGUUCAAGUAUUGAAUUGGUUGGUCGACGAUCUUAUCGCUACAAUUGACGAUCAAGAACGGGAAGCUCUAUUCAGUUACAUCAAUCAUCGUUUCGACAAGUACUUUCAACUUGUUGUGCAACACAACAAUACCGAUUUUUUUGAAGAAGCGAUUAAAAGAACGAAAGCUUUGUGGCCUAUGGACACCGUCAAUAAGUUCCUUAUGGAUCGAGAUGUGAUGAAUUUGUUCCUGAAAAAUGUUGAGCUCAAUCCUGACACGAAAUCACUUCUAGUCGAAGAACGGAUCAAGAUGAUAGCCCAUUUGUACGAUCUUUUCAAAUGGGCUGGUUGUGGAAACGUGAUACUUAGUGAAAGUUGCACCGCAGCUAUCGAUGUUUUAAAAAAUGAAGCCAUACAGAGUGCCUUUAGGAAACAAUUCCAGAACCAGUGAAGCAAUUAAAUGUUUAAUUUGAUGAAAUGUUUUAGAAAUAUAUAAAAAUCAUUUAUAUUUAUACCUUAUAUUUGUUAUAUUUUUAUAUUAUAUUUUUAUAA